UUGUUUGCAGCCUAUCGGGAUGCUUGCAGGGCUUCACAUUAUCUAGGAUAUAGCAACGAAGAAACUGAAGGUAAAUCAUGGUAUAGUUAUGUGCAUCCCGACGAUCUGCCCGACAUCGCCUACAAGCAUCGUGUCUUGUGCGAGCACAAGGAUGGAUCUGUAAUGUGUUUGUUGCGUAUGCAAACAGCCAGCAGUGCCUGGCUCUGGCUGCAUGCUGUUUUUACUGGCAAGGAUUACCUUCACCAACAUCACUGUAAGCGUAGCCAGCACCUGAUUCAAAUCAUCUACCAAGUUUUAAGGUAUUUUUAGAC